AUGCUCACGUCACAUCACUACUCCUAUCCGUGUGUGCGCGCUGCGGACUUCACCGCGUAUUUCUCGUUUUCCCACGCAGGGAUUGCCACCCAAAAGCAACGUGAACUUGGUAGCAACAUCAGUCCAGCAGGCUCGCUCCACGGAUUAAACCUCAUCUGUCUGGGAGUGCUGCUGGUGAGUAAGUCUGUACAAAAGGGCUUUGGAGUUCACGUUGAGCAGCAGCAGCAGCAGCCUGUGUGUGCAAGGAGCUCUGUGCAGGCUUGUUGUAGGGAGGUAGACUUUAACAAUGAUGUGUGAUGUGUUGUGACUGGUUUCAUUGGCUCGCAAGGAGUCAGAUUUAAUUUGUUUGGCUCAAGAUGGGAUUUGCACAUUUAACUCAGUGUCAGCACAGUUUUCUUUAUCGUGUUACCUUUUGAAUAAAAGUAAGAUUGGCAUGGAGAAGAUUUGCAUGCCUGUUGAUAACAAGCGCUUGUAGCACAUUUCACCUCAUCUAUUUCCCACCACAGACAAAGACCUUAUAAUCUCUGAAUCUAAUUUAAUAUGUAAGUAAAGUUGUUGUCAAAUUUGGCAUCAAGUCAUUAAGAUAUUAGGGGUGGGAGAAAAAAUCGAUUCACACAAGUAUCGCGAUUUUUUGUUUUACAAUUGUAAAAUCGAUUUUUAUGUUCGAAAAUCGAUUUUUUUUUUUCAGAUUUAGGAAGAAAUCUUAAAAACUGACUUACAUGUGAUGUGUAUUUUUUAGGGGGAAUAUGGUUCCCAGAAUAGUCAAAAUUCAAUCAUAAUCAUUCAAUUGUUUCACUGAAUGCGGACUAAACAUUGAGAAAAUCAACAAUAUCAUUUGAAUUGAAUUGGCAUCCAAAAAAUCGUAGAAGAAACAAAUCAGUAGAUAAGCGUAUUGUCCAAGUCCAAUGAGAUAUUAGGGGUGGGAGAAAAAAUCGAUUCGCACAAGUAUUGUGAUUAUUUGUUUUACAAAUUUUAAAUCGAUUUUUAUGGUCAAAAAUCGAUUUUUUUUUUUCAAGUUUAAGAAUAAAUCUUAAAAACUGACUUACAUGUGAUAUUUAAUCAUUCAACUGAUUCACUGGUGUGAAAAAUGCUGACUAAGUAUCGAGAAAAUCGACAAUAUUGUAAAAAUCUCAAUGUAAAUUGAAUCGGCAUUCAAAGAAUCGGAGAAGAAUCAAAUCGGCAGAAAAGCAAUCAUCUCAGCCCUGUAAGAUAUGUCAAUAUUUUUCAUCCAUCAGACCUUUGAGGCCGAAUAAUUUGUACUAAACAUAGUCUAGAUGGAAAAGGGUGUCUUCAACACCUGGUGAAUCAUCGUCAUUGAUAAAGGACUCCCUGCGCCAUCCUAAAUCUCUCUCAAGUCAAUCUAAGGGAGCUCCAAGGUGUUCAUUCUUGUUCCCUAAACAAAGUAUUUUCUGUGAUAAAACAACAGCCAAGUUCAAGGGCAAGGCUGAGGAGCUUACAUAGUUUCAGAGUUGCAAACACAAGGAACUAGCCUGGGAAGUUAUUGAACCUAGAGCGCUGGAAUUAAAGAAAAAGGCUUCUCUCGCAAGGUGCAGGGCAAGGACCUUUUUUCAAUGGAAGCUCAGUAUCAUCCCUCAUGCAGAAACCACUUCAACACAGGGCACCAAACCUACAAGCGUGGGGUGGAGAGGGCAGAAAACAGGGUUACUGUCUGUAUUCUCUUUAAUAUACAGCAUUGCGACAUUGCUCAGUUUCAUAGUUAUUUGUAAUCACUGAUGUAUUGAAAAGGGCUUUGUAAUAGUUUUCACAUGGCAACUUGAGGCAAUCUGGCUGCCUUCCCUGUGCUGCAGUAUUUCUGCUCUCAAGUGCUCGUCCUUGAAACAGUCAAGAUGUCUCAACACACAUCUGCACUCUGAAGGUUCAUUUCAGGCAAAUACAAUCAAAUCCUCCAAUAGCGUCGCAAAGCUUCCAUACAGAACUACCACUGUACUUAAUUUGAAACUCAAGAAUGACGUAGGCUAAGAUCUGUGUUGUUUUAUGCACAAAAACACUGAUUUUUGUAAAGUUAUUUGAAGCCAAGCUAAGAUACAUCAUUCCACUACAGAAUAGGAGAAAGACUUGACUAUGUUUAUCUUGUCAACAAGUAAAGACGAGUUCAACUUUGAGCCUGUCUCAUGUAAGUUUUAAAGGUGAGAUACUUAAGACUGAAGCGAACAUGAGCAUUUUAUCUAAAGAAAUAGACAAGUUCCAGAAAGGAUGAGAUAAACCGAUAUACACAAGCAGCUGCAGUUUAUCCAGAUAGCUUAACGCUGUGCUUCAUAUCUCCAGUGGAUCUGAUCUUUGAAUUUAUCUGGCCUGAACCACUGAUCUCCACAGCUGGAUGGGAACAGUAUAUGACACAUAUCUGCCACGGCUGGAUAGUAAAAGCUCCACAAAUUAUGGUCAUGCUCAUGAUUUUAGCUGGUUGUUUUUCUCUAACUGCAGCCUGUGCUGGCAUCUUUUUGGAUGAAACUGAAUUAGAAAGCCUGAAGGCUUCACUCAGUUUGAGGAUACAUCACAUUACUGUCAGUCAGACUGAACUUUUCUUUCAAGAUUUUAGAAAAAAAAUUGUUUUAGAUUGAAAAUGAAAUAAUCAGUGUGAAAGUGCACAGUGUUGGUUAUAUGUGAUUUUUGAUAAACACAGAUAGAUAGAUAGAUAGAUAGAUAGAUAGAUAGAUAGAUAGAUAGAUGUAGUCAUUAGACACCCAUCAGAGGUCUUUCAUUCAUCCCAUUAAUGAUUUAAGUUCUAUGAAUAAGAAAGGUUUACUCCAGGCACACAGAGAUAAAUAUGGUGGUUAAGACUGUGGCUGUCAGUUGACCCACUUCUGUUUUUGCCCUCAAAGGCAAAAAUGAGCUAAUCUAGCUGUAAAUAAAGCAGAUUGACUAUUCCAUCCAGUCUCUCUAACCUCCAGUUUAAAGAACAUCUUUUUUAUGGGGCUCCUGGUCUGGGUCAGAUGACUACUUUAACUGCACCUAAUUAUGGUUGUUAAACUAAGGAAGAGGAGAAGGCAGGAGUGUAGACAAGGAUGUGUCGCUGUGAGAGUGGUUUCCCACUCAUGUAGAGACAGAUGUUCUCAUCAUGUUAUAUCUUAUAUUUUGGAGUUUUUCACCCUCAGAAGAGCUCAUACACUGUCCUCUAAAACACAUACAUAAUCUUAAGCUCAGCUUUAAAGUCCAAAUGAGGCCUGCUGUUAGAGCUCCCACUUAAUAAAACAGACUUCAAGAGGAAAUAGCCUCUGCAUUCUUCAUGCUCAUGUCCUUUGAAAGCUCACUGUAACUUUUCUUGUAUUCAUACCUCAUUUAUCCAACAUGUAUGUGUUCUUUAAGCACAGAGCAGAGGUGAUACACACAAUUUACACUGUAUAGAUGAAGCACAGCAAACAGCUGAUUGCAGAUAGAAACAACCAAAAAACCCAAAGAUAUGUAACCUUGGUUCAAUGUCAUGAUAUGGUCUGAAAUUACUAAAUGGAAAAGAUCAGCAGUUGCCAAUACACAUCCUUCAUCUGACUUAUUAUGAACAGAUUGAUUUCCACAGUUGUGCUUUGAAUAUAUACACACAGCUACUUACAAUAAAUACAUUAUAACAGUUGAUUUACCCUCACAAAACAGUGAAGCAUGAUGAAGCAUUCAAAUUAUGUCUGGUUGAAGCAUUCAAAUUCAUAUUCUGUACAUGUUUUUGAUCCUGGAGUUACUAUUUGAAGUCUGAUUUCUCAAUUGACUUCCAUUUCUCCCGUAUCUGCUUGUUACCCAAACACAGAGAAACCUGCAUUUAAAUUGACAUGAUGUAAAAAAUGCUGAUUUGCCGGCAUUGUGAAAUCCUUACUGAUAGUUUUAACCUUGGGUCAAAACAACUUAACUUCAUGAAGUGAUAUGUUGUGAAAGUGACAUGUCGUAAAAACAAUACUGAAAUGUAUUAGUGCCUAUCACUCACUUAUACUUUUGACCAUUUAUUUAGCCAGCUAUUUCAACUAUAGCCUUAUCACACUCUGACAUAUAAUUUGUUAUUUGUGUCAAACUUUAUUUCAGCUGUUUUGCCUUCCAAACUUUUUUAACAAACCAAUUGCAACAAAACUUUUUGUGAAUCCUCCUCAUACUUGGCAAAAAACUGCAUCCCAGUAUUAAAAGUCACCAUGUACAACACCAAACUACUUAAACUUUUGAUUCAUUUUCUUAUGGAUAAACCUUUAAUGUCACUGUUCUAACAAUUAAUAUGUACAGGCUCCUAAAACAGUUUAGCUUACUUUUGGCUAAUUUCAACUUUUGUACCAACAUGAUAAUUAGAAAUGUUUAUUUAUCACUACAAGCCAGCUGAUAUCGUCAAGUAUUGUCCAUUAGCCCACUCGUAGCUAACAAUUUAGAUGCAUGGCUAGCCUGCUAACAAGGGCUAAAGAUAACGAUAUAUAUCGAAAAUUAAUUUCCCUCAAUAUCAAUAUAAAACAUGGUCAAUAUGCUUUUCGAUAGUCGGCAUUCUGCCAUGUUUUGAUAGACUUUACGAACAGCCAAUGAAAGCAGAGUAAUGUGCACUGCAAAUUAUGUCGAGUACAUGUUCUCGCAAAGUCGGGGAAUGCCUCAAAUCUUUUUCACCACCUGAAGCAGCGCCACGCGGCAGAGCACGCACAAUGCAAAAGGUUACAAACCCAGAGUGGAGCAGCCGAAACAACCAACCAUUAGGUCCUCUUUCUCUAGUGCAACACUUUACGACAAAAGGUUGAAGAGACAUUAAGACCUCACAGAUGCAGUAGCUUACUGUAUUGCAAAAGACAUGCUACCAGUAAGCAGUUAAAAUUUAUUUUUUAUAUCGUGAUAUAUAUUGAUAUCUACUGAUAUGAAAAAAACAUAUCGUGAUAAACUUUUUCCCAUAUCGCCCAGCCCUACUGCUAACUAGACUGUAGGACUGGCACCAAGAAGUAAAUUCACUUUAAACUGCCCACACAAAACCCUGCAGAGAAUCCCAGCAUCUCAUACACACUCUCCUUUCCAGAGCUUCACAAAUUUGCCUUGAAAAACUCAGAGGCAAAUUUUAGGAAGCAAAUUCUUGCAAAUUCUUUGAAAGCUUUUCUUCAUGAGAGCGGUCAAAAUGUUACAAAUGGGCACCAGAUUUAGCUCUUCUGGACGGAUUAAAUUCAGGGAUUAUGUGUUUUAGAGGUGAUUUUCUAUUGUGAGCGCAGUGCAAGAAGGAUUUUCCCUUGAGUGUGUGUCUGUGGUUAAGAGGAACCAGCUAGUAGGUGAAAGUGCAUUUGAAAAGAAGAUCAGUUUAGUCAGUAUACAUUGUAAUACCAAUCUAUUAUGAUCAGUCUUAUAGUUUUCAUGUUUCUGUCUUAGGUCAGAAAGUAUAUGUAUGUAUUUGAAGAAUAUGCCCUCGUAGUGAAUGUAAGACGGCAUUCAUUCAACAGCUGAAAAACCAUACAGUUUUCAUUUAUUUAUCGGGCUGGUAUAUAGAAUAACAGAUCAAUAAUCAAUCAAUUGUUGAUUUCUUUUUCAAAGUUACGAUAGCACAGUGAUACCACAUGAAAGUUAGCUGACAUACUUUUUCACUGUAAUAAUCAUGUAGCUUCAUUUUGAUGUUCAAUGUAGGUUAGGUUCUUUGAAAUUGUAAUCAUCAGCCCUUAUCCUCCGCCUGAUAUUGGGAGGAGUCACAGAGCUUUAACCAGGCAGUCACUGUAGUUUUUUCCCAUGGAGUGCCUUUGCAGGAAUUACUUCACUUCCACAGUACUGCCUGACUCAUCCUUAAUCACUACAGUGUGUGGCUCAGCGAUUUAAGUGGUCUGUCUGCGUUGCUUUGGUGAUCCAUGGUUUGCAUCGCUUUAGGAACAUCUGUGGUAAAGGGCAUUUCUGACAGAGCUUAAAUCCCACCCUGCUUUUCUCUGCUGCUCUCUCACAUCGUCUUGCCUGUGUCGGCCAGCCAGCCAGCCAGCCAGCCAGCAUAUCUCGCAGCGUCACAAAAUGCAGCACUUGACCCUCACUGCUCUCUAACCAGCGCUCCCUCUGCCCCCUUCCCCCACUCACUGUAUCACACACAGCCAGCUAUUGUGCUGUUCUGAUCUCUGUGUUGCCUGUGGUGUCUGUGAGGAGGUCCUGUGCCUUCUGUGCUUCCUGUGCUUCAUGCUCCUGGGAGCUGUACAAUGUGUGCAGCUUUUGUUAGACCCAUAUGUUCAUGAGGCCAGGGGUGAGUAGGCUGAGGGCGAUCACUAGUAUUAGUACAGCAUAUUAAUAGAAAAAAAUAGGCGAUUAUAGGGCUGUCCAAUGAUAUGGAGCAUUUCUAACAAGCGACUGAAGUUACUCCAGCAAAUAAUGAAGAACUUGUUUCAUUUAUUAAAGCUCCUAUGAAGAAUUUUGGAUGAGUUAUGAAACAGUCUGAAAUGAACAGUGAUUUGUCUUUCUGAUGUUCAGAACCAAAUGAGCCCAUUGACCAUGAGACAGACAGUUUCUACAUGGUAAUUUUUAGCGUCUGCAACUGCCGUGAGAGGAAAGAAGCAGCUUUUGUGACUUUUCUCACGGCAAAUAUUCAUAGCGAGUGAUAAAUUCCACCGAGUAAAAUACAGCAAGAACACAACACUUACAUGAGGAAGAAGCAAAAUAAGCCGCUGUUACCACUUUGUCCACAGGGGGCGCCAAAAUCAACACAGACAGAAAGUUCCUCACAGGAGCAUACAUUGAAUAUUGUAUGGUUUAUCUGACUAACUUUCCAAAUGCCAGACAAAUUUUCAAUAACACAUUUUUAAACUGGAUUUUUUUGUUUGGACUAAUGAUCUAGUUGUCAUUUAAAAAAAUUGCACCUGAUGAAAUUUCAGCCCUUCAGUGUAGAUCAGUGAAUUAUACAUCUGCAUCAAUCCAAAGAUGCUGCAAACUAUAAUUCUCAGCACAGAAAUCUCUGAUAGUUAUUUGGAGGUAGCUGAGUAGGAGUUACUCCUUGUUCAAACAUGAUGUCGCACCAAAGCCCCCCAAAUAAAAUUCAAGUUAAAGUACAAAAAUUAAGCUGUGCAAGUAUUUCCCAUUCCCUCCAUAAUGUCACAUACUUUGUUUUGUUUUGUUUGACUGCAGGGUGAUGCCCAGACUCGUUGCAUCUGUAACACUGAGGAUUUAAUCACUGGCAAUGAAAGAGGGAAAAGGUAAGAUAUUCUUUUGUAAUAUUUUGAUGCAUUUUAAAAUCUAUGCAUACAUUUUCAAUGCUAAGUGUUCAUUAUGACAGAUAUUAGGGGGAAAUCUGUGCUAAAGGGGAUAACUGACUUCAAAGAUAUCAAACUUGAUUAGCUGCAUCAGCACUACAGCAUGUUAGUCUCUCUCUUUCAAUGUUCAUUGAUAUUUUUCAGCUGGAGUAGUAUCAGAAAGCAGUCAGCAAAUCACAGUUUUUGUUCUUUAAAGGGCCAGGAGACAUUAAGGUUGUAUUCCUAUUCCGACUGACACAGAAAGUCAUCCUUACAAUGUGAUUAAACUUUGAAGCAAAGCACACUUACAUCCUUCAAUUACGGGAAAUGUUUUUAGUCAAUAACUGACCAAAUAUCGGAUCAUCAUCAUUGUUUAGAGUAAAUACUGAAGCACUAUAAGGAAGAGAGAAAAACAGGUUAAUCUUGCUUGUUUUAUAAGAGAGACAGAUACAAUUCAAAAUGGUCAUCUCCACAUUCUUUAGUGUUUUCAUCAUAUCCUAAACAUUAGCUUAGGAAACAAACACAGCCCAGCCUCAUAUCCUGCUCAGGAUGAAGCAUACUCUAUUAUCACACGACCAAGAAAGUACACCCUGAUACAACAGGAAGCAGAAUCAAAUCGUGUUUCAUGUUGACAGGAAGGAGUCGAGUGUCUCCAUAUAUAUUGAAGUGAAACCCACUGAAAGUCCCUAUGGUGGUGUUAAUCGAUCAUGUGGUUUCCACUCUCAGGCGAGCUUCAAGUUUUGGAUGUGCAUGAUUUAA